AACCUCUUCACCUGUAGGUCUCAGGCGCUUCCGGUCCAUUCGGCUUUCACACACCAUGUCACUACGCAAAAUCUUGGUCGCGGCAUUCGCAUCGCUGCUCGCAACCACUGCUCAGGCCGGCCCUUGUUCGCUGACUUGCCAACAAAAGGUGGACAGUUUACAUCUCGUCUGCGGCAAACACAGCUCGCCAAUAAAUGCAGGAACACCGAUUCCCGUCAAAGGCGGCGAUGAUUGGAGUCUCACUGUAUGCGCUGGAUUCUGCUUCUGGCGGCAAAACUGUCAAACAUUCUAUUGGGAUUCCGGCGAAUGCUAUCUAUACGACAAUGCGCCCAGCGACAUGAUUUUUACUGGAACGUCACCAGGGCAGUGGUACGAUGUUGACUGUUUCAUGUGCCAAGAGCUCACCAAUUGCUGGCCCGCGGGAAUGUGUGAAGCACAACGAUAACAAAGCCGGGUCUUUCAUGAGAUUAUUUGGCUAUAGAUUCGCUGAGGCAUUCCUUGGACGAGAAGCUCUACGCUUUGCAACCCCGAGAUCCAUACCUCCAUAACACUUUUGUACGGAUCGUGAGAUGCGUUGACCGACACGACGAGAUAGAAAAUAAAGAAUUAGUCUAGACCUGAGAUGUGAAGUGUGUACUGUUACCAAGGGGAGUGCAGUCGCUCAUGCCCGCCGCUCGUAGCUCUUGGAUGGAUUGUCUAAAUACAAGUCAUGCCGAC